GUUACCACCUUCCGUCCGGCGCCCUACUGCAUUAUUCUGCCCUUUACCGACACCACCACACCGUCCCUUACCACUGCCGCUGCCCCGCCAGUUACCACCUUUGUUGCCCCGUCCAGUUACCACCUUUGCUGCCCCAUCCAGUUACCACACCUGCCUCCUCGGCCAGUUACCACCCUUGCCAGUUCGGUCAAUUACCACCCUGCCGCCCCGACCAAUUAUCACCCCUGCCGCCCCGACCAGUGACCACCUAUUACACCCGACAGUUACCACGUUUGCCGCCUUGCCUAGUGACCACUCCAUGCUGCCCCCCGCCGCCACUCCAGUGACCACCCAUGCCGCCCUCUCUGCCAUCCGCCGCCACUCCACGGCCAGCCCCCUACCCCCACGUCCCACCAGCCCAACCUCGAACCAGCCCCCUCACCCUGUACAGCCGGCUGCCACCACUACCCCAACUUCCCCCACCCUAACCUUCUUCCCUAGCCACCCGCCGUCCCCAACCUUUUCCCCUAUCGUUGCCCCCAUCAGCGACGAUUCCAUGGCUAGGUCGGCGACGAUUCCAUGGCUAGGUCGGCGAUUCCAUGACUAGGUUGGCGACUCCCUGGUUUUGGAAGCGAUGAAGCAGACCGAAGGAUGUCGACAGGGGAUUGAAGAUCGAUGUUCUGAUUUGAGAUUAUAGGGAGGGUAUUUUUGCCAGUUCACAAACAAUUAGUCUCUUUUUUGUCUAGGUUAACUAUUGGUCCUAUUUGUGUUAUUGGUCCUAUUUUACAAUUGUCAAAACAUGAUAUAAUGGGUCAAUUCUUGUAUGAUCUGGUCUAAGAUUGAAAUUAGUCCAAUUACAAAUAUCCUUAAUGUAGCUUUAAUUUUAAUAUGUAUAGAGGAAUAUCAUUUCGGACGUUGAAUUACCAUCUACAACCACUGCAACAACUUAAAUAUUACACUGUAUAAAUUAUGUUCUUUUUUGAAAAAAUAACUAAUUUGCACGCUUAGUAAUAAAGUACAUUAUUUCAAUAGAUGGAUUCAACAAUCACUUUAUAUAUUUAAUAUAAUCACAUGAGUGAUAUUUUCAUAUCAAUAAUUUCUUUGCACCUUUCAAUAUUAUAUCGUGUGCAUCCAUUACAAAUUAACGUUAGUAUUUCAUAUUUAAAUAGUAAAAUGAAAAAGGAGAAUCUAAAUGUGUAUAGCUAGGGAAGACAAAGGAUGCAGAACGAGUGACUUCUCAUCAAAGCAUGUCGAUGGAUGGAUCAAACAAGGUUGGAUUUUUAUUGACAUAAAUAAAGCUCCUAUAGAUGCCAAGUUAUAUUAUUGGAAUCAAAUGUAUAUGAUCAGAGAAUUUUCAACUAUAAUAAUGAUUCAUAGUGAGAUGAAAGAAAUAAUACGUAAAACACGGGCGGCCUCUCCCUCUUCGUAGGGUUUGAGUGAAUUCCGCCGAAGGAGUGCGGCAACGGCAACAGACGGAUGGCAACCAACACGGCAUCAAGGACAUCAGCUGGGUAGACGAGCGUGUGGGGCGGCGGCAGAGCAAUAUAUCAGGCGAUGAGGGAGUCUUACGAAGAGGAGGGUGAACCUUCAGCGGCGGCGAUCAAUACGACAGACUGGGGUUGUGGAGUUCAGGGGACGAGCUGCUGUUGGACGACAAGGACAUCGAGGAAAUCGAUCCCGAAGCGGCGAGCAAGGGAGUGGGGUCUUUUCCCGUGGUCGGCACGAUUCUCACCGGCAAAGUGGUGAAAUUUCAAAAUUUUCGUGAUCUAAUUGCGUCUCUCUGGCGUCCUGGAAAAGGCGUCCUGAUUCAGGAGAUUGGGAAGAAGAUGUACUUAUUUACUUUUUACCACAAAAUUGAUAUGAAUCGUGUGUUGAAUAAUGGAUCCUGGUAGUUUGACCAGAAUGUGUUAGUGUUAAAAGCUAUUAAGCAGGAUGAUAUGCCUCAGAGGAUACUUUUAGAUACGACUGACUUUUGGGUUCAGAUUCAUAAUAUUCUUUAUGGAUUUUCAAAUCUGGGUUAUGCUUGUAAAAUUGGGAACCAUUUGGGGAAAUUUAUAUCCCGGGAUGAUAAACAGAUCGAUGAAAAAUGGGAAGCCUACAUGAGGGUCAGGGUUAUGAUGGAUGUGAGGAAACCCUUAAAGGUGGGUACUACUUUGAAAAAGAGUAGCGGAGAAGGGUAUUGGGUAGAUUUCAAAUACGAGAAACUACCUAGCUUCUGCUUUGCCUGCGGAGUCAUUGGUCACGCUGAAAAAUUCUGUCCAUCGCUGUAUGACAAAGGUGGUACAAAAACUGUGAGAUCCUUUGACCCAUGGCUUCGGGCGUGGGGGGGAGGGGGUCCCGUCCAACUAUAGACGGUAAAUGGAUUGUAGGUGAGAAAGAGGUAGGAAGAGACCAAAAGGGGAUGCAUAUGAACCUCAGUGGCGUUCAGGAACAGGGGCAACACCAUGUGAAAAACCAGAAUCAGGAAGGUGGGGAUGACUCUAAGACCGCGGAAGUAAUGGUUAACAACAGUGGAACGGGAGAGCAGAAGAGGAGGCGGACAUGGGAAGAAGAGGAGCAAGAGCUGGAGCAACUAGGAGAGAACGCCAUGGUUCUGGAAGGAUAAAAAACAGGGAGGAGGCGGGCUGGAAUUUCCAAACCCGCCAAAACCCGAGAAUUAAAGUUUCUACUUCUUUUAGUCUUGGUUUUAUUUUUAUUGCUUUUUGCGCUGGACAUCGUGUGUUUUUUAUUGUCAUUGGUUUUUGUUUUGUUAAGACUCAAGAACAUAAGACAGGUGAUGAGGAACUUAAUUUACUAGUCAUUGGCUCAAGUAAGCCCAAUUCAGGAUCAGCGAAUCUGGUUGCUUCGUUCGAGGUGGCAGAUUCUAAGUCUUGUUCAAGGGCGGACAUUAGACAAUGAGUUCUUUGUCUGAUUGUUUCAUGUUUGCGUUCUUUCUUAUUAAUAUAAGCUACCUGCUUCCAAA